AUGAGUGACCGCUCUCGUGUCUAUAUCUUGUCGGCCUUUGUGGCUGGAAUUCUGCUCACACUGGGGGUCAGAAACUUAUCCCCCGCGUUGGAGAAGCUCCGAGGUUAUCGCGCUCGGCGUCGUUCUGAAUCUACGAUUACCCUUCGAGACCUUAUAGAAGAGGACGCUAUAGCAGCUAGAUCUGGCCCUCCUGCGAUUGUGGAAGGCAUUGAGGGUUGUAUAGGGAACACCCCUCUGUUCCGGAUCAAGUCCUUGUCGGAGGCAACCGGGUGCGAGAUCCUGGGGAAGGCCGAGUUCUUGAAUGGUGCAGGCCAAAGCUCAAAAGAUCGGGUUGCAUUGAGCAUGAUGCAAAUUGCAGAGGAACACGGUAUCUUAACCCCCGGCUCGGGAGAUACAAUAUACGAGGGUACUUCAGGCUCAACAGGGAUCUCGUUGGCGUCGCUGGCGCGCGCCAAAGGUUACCUCGCUCACAUCUGUAUGCCAUCCGACCAAGCCAUCGAGAAAUCGGAUCUGCUUCUAAAACUGGGCGCGAUUGUGGACCGUGUUCCACCUGCUCCGAUUGUGGAGAAGGAUAACUUCGUGAAUCGGGCUCGCGCCCUCGCUCAUGCUCACACCACGUCCUCCGCCAAUACGUCCGAUUCGGAGUCUUCAGUGCCUGCAUCAUCUGAAGUUUCGGGUGUCAGUCGCGGGAGGGGAUAUUUUGCAGAUCAGUUUGAGAAUGAGGCUAACUGGAGGGCCCAUUUUCAAGGCACCGGCCCUGAGAUCUACGCCCAGUGUAAUGGUAAGCUGGACGCUUUUAUUGCCGGGGCUGGAACCGGGGGCACCAUCUCCGGCGUGGCACUAUUCCUCAAGCCGAAAAUCCCAAACUUGAGCGUGGUUCUGGCCGACCCGCAAGGGAGCGGUCUCUACAAUAGAGUCCGUUAUGGUGUUAUGUUCGACAAUAAAGAGAGGGAGGGCACAAGGAGACGGAGACAAGUUGACACAAUUGUAGAAGGUAUCGGGAUUAACCGCGUGACCGCCAAUUUCGAAAUAGGCAAAGAGCUAGUUGACGAUGCUGUGAGAGUAACGGACGCGCAGGCAUUGGCAAUGGCAAGGUGGCUUGUAGAAAAGGACGGUCUCUUCCUCGGAAGUAGUAGUGCGGUAAACUGCUUUGCAGCAGUCAAGACAGCGAUGAAGCUCGGUCCUGGCCAUAGAAUUGUGACCGUCUUAUCCGACUCGGGCUCCAGACAUUUGUCAAGAUUUUGGGCCAGGGCUGGAAAUGUCGGCGGUGCAGUAGACACAAAGCUCGAGGAUGUUUUGGAUGCGAAAGACGACCUAUGA